AUGCCCAACCCCUGGUUCAGUACACCUGGGCAGGUCCUGCACGGCAGCCACAGCAAUUGGGCAUUCAUCACCACCAUGGUAUUUGAUACAGCCACUUUUGACAGCAUUCUCAAUGACGGUUUUGCCACUGCUUGGGUCGCAACACCUAUUCCACGGAACAACGUGUCAUGCAUGGGAAAGCCAUGCCAUGGUGGACGUUCACUUGAUGCUGCUGGUGCUCUUGGCUUGGCAUUGCGCUGA